AGGACAUGGAGCUCAAUAAAAAUGAUGUUAAUGAUAAAGAUGAACCGCAUCUUAGACCAAAUGACUCGACCACUAUCACAGAUAGAAGCACACAUGAUAUUACCGAACCACAUGAUGCAGUGACAGGCCCCAUUGAGCCACUGGAACCAGUAAAUACUCACAGUAUGGAGGAGCAAAGUUUAGAAACAUGUCCACAUGAAGAAGACAUCAGUGAUAAUACCAGUAAACAUGGUAACAUUACUACAGAUACAAAUGAAGAUGACAGGGUUAAUGCAGCAGACAGUGCUUCAACAUCUGUGUCUGACAGUAGAUUGAAAAGUGCUGUGUCUGACAGUAGAGUGAGUAGUGAGGUGAUAGUGGAACCAGAAACCUGUAGGGAAAACAUGGAGAUUAGUGAUAAUACUGAAAAUAUGGUCGAUAAUCAACAACAGUUCAUGGCAGUUCAUUCAGAAAACACAAGUGACAGUCAAACAUUACAGAUGUAUAGUCCAACCUUAUUAACUCAGGUGGGGUUUGAGCCUGAUAACUAUCUCAGAGGAUGUAAAUGGUCAGUUGAUGGAACCAAGGUUUUAACAGCAACUAAUGAAAACAAGUUUUAUGUGUACGAUUUUCCACUGGAUGUUGAUACACAGUCCAAUGUUUCUGAAAUGAGGCAUUCACGAGUUAUAUCUGAGACGGGCGGAGUAUAUGAUUACUGUUGGUACAACCAGACCUCGGAUCCAAGCUCUUGCACUUUUCUGACCACAAGUAAAGACAACCCUAUACACAAUUGGGAUGCUAACACAGGACAGCUACUCUCCUCCUACCGAGCCUAUGAUCAAAUGGAUGAGUUGACAGCUGCGUACAGUUUGUGUUAUAGCCUGGAUGGCACAAAGAUAUACAGUGGCUUUAAGAAGAUGAUCCGAGUGUUUGACACAAACAGACCAGGCAGGGAGUGCCAGAGUCGACCAACUUUUGCAGGUAAAGUUGGAGGUCAGGGUGGAAUUAUUUCCUGUUUGGCACCGAGUCCUCAGGGAAAUCUCUACGCUGCAGGGUCCUACUCCAGAAGUAUUGGACUGUACUAUGAACCACAGGGGGAGGCUGUGUUUGUAUUUGAGGGGCAGCAAGGGGGAGUAACUCACAUUGCAUUCUCACCAGAUGGUACCAAAUUGUUCAGUGGAGGAAGAAAGGAUCCGGAGAUUCUUUGCUGGGAUCUAAGGAAACCAGGACAGAUUUUGUAUGUAGCUGUCAGGAAGGUGGAGACGAACCAGAGAAUUUAUUUUGAUUUGGACAGCACUGGGAGGUACCUUUUCUCUGGUAACCAUGACGGUAUGGUCACAGUGUGGGACACUCAGCAGCCUCCCAUCAAAUUGCGACCAGAUACCGACUUUGUGCUGAAAUCCUUUCAAGAAUUCAGAGCCCAUAACGACACAGUCAAUGGCAUCAGCCUUCACCCUACACAGCCUGUUCUUGCCACAUCAUCAGGACAGAGACAUGUUCCCAGCCUGGAUGAUGAUGAAGAUCUGCCUAGUGACACUGACAGUGAUCAGGAAAACUCUCUCAAACUCUGGUUGUGUAAAUAAAAUACUUGUGUUAUA